AUGGAGGGCGACUGGGGAGACUUCCAAUCAGGAGCCAGCGGUUUCCUCUCAGCGCAAAACGCGCCGUCAUCUGCGGCGGCACCGGCGCAGGCUGAGGGGUCCAAAGCGCCGCUAGAUCCGGAGCUCUCGGCGAGCGGCGCGGGGUCUAAGCAUUCGUCAGACGCGGAUUUGGCAGCGAGCGGAAAGUCUGCCGCGGAAAGUAGCGACUCGUUUUGGGGGGAGGGGGAGAGCGGGGGCGGCGCGGAUGCGGGAAUGGACUUCUGGGGGGAGGUGCAGGCGUUAGGGGGAAGCGGGGAAGCGCAGGCGUUAGGGGGUACUGCGGAAGCGCAGGCGACAGAUGGGGGAAGCGGGAAUGACCAUAUGGGGCAAAUGGCGCGGGGGGCGGAGACUCCGCUUUCUCCGGCUCCCGCAUCCACCGUUGACGGCGGUGGAGUUGCGCCGGCGGCAGCGGCUGCUGUAGCUGCCCCGCUAGCGGCACCGAUGGUGGCACCAGUGGCGGCGUCCGCGGGAAGCGGAUUAGGGUUAGAUCAUCCUGGGUUACCUGGGCUUCAGAGUGGGCCUUCUAGAGUUCAAACUAUCGCCAGCGCUGGUUACCACUCGUCGCCAAUGACUGCAGGCGGUUCGCAUGGACCCAGAUCUCCCACGAAAGCUGAUCCGCACCUUGCGUCGGAUCCUCAUUAUAAGCAUGAUUCGACACAGCGACCAGGCGCGCAUCAUCCGAGCGGGUUUUCCGCUCACAUGAUGUCUUACUCGCACUCAUCCCCGCUCCGCCCCUCCGCGCCCCACGCGCUCGACGCGCACCAGCGGAAAUCCCCCACCCCCCCGCCGCCCGCCGGUGCUGCGCAUCCGCCCUUCCGCGGACCAGCGCCAGCGCCUGGGUCUGCGCACUCCCCGCUCUCCGUGCGCGGCCCUCUCUCCGCCCCUCCCGUCUCUCACCCACAAUCACACCCCCCCACCUCACACCCGCUACAAUCACACCCGCCGUUUCUUCCCCCUCCUCCGCACUCCCCCCCGUCUCGCUCCUUACCCUCCCAUCCCCCUCCCUCUCACCCUCCCCCAUCGCUUCCCCACCCCCUAUCCCACCCGCCACAGUCACACCCGCCAUCGUCACACCCGCCACAGUUACACCCGCCUCUAUCGCGCCCCACUCACCCCCCGCCCGGGUACAGACCUCCCCCACAAGGCCCCCCCGGAACUGCCAAGCCGGCCAGCGGGGCAACCGGGGGAGCAGCAGGGGGGGCAGCGGGGGGGGCAGCAGCGGGGGGAAGGGGAGGGGUGGGUGCAGCGGGAGGGGCGUUAAUGUCAGGCUCAGGCGCUCCUUCUGCUGCCAACACCACUGCUACCACCACCACCACCACCACCACCAAUACCACCACCACCACCACCACUACUAGCAGCAGCACCACCACCACCGCCAUUGGUGCCGCUAACAUCAGCACCGCUAGCAGCAGCAGCAGCAGCAGCAGUGCGUUUGCAGCGCGCUCAUCCCCGCCGGUCAGCUUUCGCCGCAUGUCCAGCCUUGACGUCAAGACCUCUUUGGAUGGCCUCGCUGUGCUCGCUCGGCAGGGCUCCUGGCGGGCCAUAGUGGAUAAGGUGGUGGAGGGUUACAAGCUCGCAGGGCUGGCGCAGCAGCUGGCGUUACGCGGUUACCACGUGCUGGCGCUGAUGAAGCUGCGCAUGUAUGGGGCAGCAGCAGAGGAGCUCACACUGUUAGGGAACCUUGACUCACCGCAGUACCGAUACGAGGCACACCCGGGCAUGUAUCCUGGGAGGAAAGGCUCCAUGCUGCCCUUCGCCCUGCGCUGGCUCGCAGCAGAGCUGCCCCACCGCAUGGGCAACCCCGCACUCACCUUGGAACGACUGUGUGCUCUGCAGGCGUACUGCACAGCUAAGGCACACUGCACAGCUAAGGUGGGUGCAGUGCGGCGGCAGGCAGUGCGGCACGCGCUCGUAUCCCACCACCUGGCGCAGCGAGACUACCCCACUGCACUCCUCUGGCUGCAGCGCCUCCUGCGCUACGAGCCGAGCAACGCCGCCCUGCUCUCGCGGUACGGCCUCGUUCGGCUGCAGCUGGGGGACGUGGAGGGUGCGAGCGCUGCGUUCGGAUUGGUGGAGAAAAUGGUGGUGCAUCGCGAGGUGGAGAUGGAGAGUGAGGGGGGGGGGUGGGGGAGGAGGGGGGGGAGGGGGCGGGGGAGGGGGAGGGAGGAGGGGAGGCAACAGGAGAUGCGAGUAACACAGCAGGAGCCGGAGCGGGAGCAGGAGGGGCAGGAGCAGGAGCAACAGGAGCAGGAGCAACGGGAGCAGGAGGGAGCGAUGGGGGCGCUGCAGCUGUUCUCUGCGGUCACUAAAGAGGAUCCCACCAACUCCAUUGCUGCAAAUAACAAGGCCCUCUGCCUGAUGUACGGCCGAGAUCUCGCGACGGCGGUGCGGGUGCUGGAGGACCAAUUGCAGGCGAGCCCGCUGACAGCUGUCGACGAGACAGUGGUGCUCAACCUGUGCUCCAUGUACGAGCUGGCGGCGUCUGAUACGCUCAAUGCCAAGAGCACGCUCAGCAACUGGCUCACUCGUUUGGCUCCUGACGACUUUGACUUUGCCUGCACUCGGCUGUAG